CACCCACGUCACAGAGAUGCUGUCUACAAAGAAAACUAUUACAUGUAGUAGGAACUAAUGACCAGCGAUUCUCCGGGCUUUAGCUCCUACUGGAGCCUGUUCCCUUCAACUCGUGAGUGAGACCUCGUGAGAGCACUCCUCACUCUUCAAAGUGCUACGCAUUGAGCACAUUUCAUCGCCAUUGAAUCAUGUCAGCAACAAACGAUUUCAAGACGUUUUCGACUGCAGGUUCCGUGGAUCUCCUCGCAUCGGUUGGCAAUACCCCAUUGCUGGAGCUCACCACGCUCUCUCGCUUAACGGGCUGCAAGCUACUGGCCAAGGCAGAGUACGCCAAUCCAAGCGGGAGCAUCAAGGAUCGAGUGGCCAAGUCGCUAAUUCUCGACGCUGAAGAACGCGGAUUGAUCAAACCAGGAGGCACGAUCAUUGAAGCUACGGGAGGCAGCACGGGUAUCUCGCUCGCUCUUCUUGGAGCUUCUCGUGGCUACAAGACGCUGUUGACGAUGCCGGACAUCACGGCGAAGGAGAAGAUCCAGAUGAUGAAAACCAUGGGAGCUGAGGUUCGCGUGCUGCCGACGACCUCAAUGGAUGACAAGCAAAACAACUUCUUCCAUGUCGCUCAGCGGCUCGCCAAGGAGACGCCGAAUGCUUAUUGUCCCAACCAGUUCGACAAUCUUGCAAACAUGCGAGCUCACUAUGAGGGCACAGCUCCGGAAAUCUGGGAACAGGUUGGUGGACAGAUCGAUGGAUUCGUCUCGUCAGCAGGGACGUCAGGGACUAUCGCCGGAAUGUCGACGUUCUUGAAGGAGAAGAAUCCUGACGUGAAGGUGUGGGUCAUUGAUCCUGCCGAGAUCGCGAGCACUGCCAUGUUCAUCAACAAUGACCGAACUUCGGGGACAGUCGAGGAUGGCUACGAAAUGCUUCCUGUAGUUAAAGGGUCAUCCAUUGCAGAAGGUGUGGCUGCACUCGCUCGUGUCACGAGUAAUCUACGCGAAGCUAUCAUUGACAAAGGCGUCACAGGAACCAACCAGGAGAUUGUCGACAUGGCCUACUUCUUGCUGCGCCAUGACGGAAUCUUUGUUGGUCCGAGCAGUGCGUUGAAUGUGCUUGGAGCAGUCAAGAUGGCGAGAGAGCUGGGUCCGGGUCAUACCAUUGUGACGAUCCUAGCUGAUGGUGGUGUUCGCUACGGCAGCAAGCUGUAUAAUGACAACUGGCUCAAGGAGCAUGGUAUGCUGCCGCACGAGAACAAUACCGACACGACGUUGGACUUUGUUGGAGAUCUGGAGUUCCCCACUGCCAUCUAACUCUUUUUGCGUUGCGCAGUACCUGGACUGCAUUUGUAGGAUUGGCUGUUUCAUUUCAGAAUGCGGAAUGACUAUUACGACCGGAAUAGCAAAUCAAACGAAACGGAUUUGGAUUACAUUUUUAAAGUAAUCUGGCACAGAUUAACCUCCCUUAGCUAAUACAGCCCGUGGAACAUAUUUUGAUCAAGU